AUGGAGGUUACGAGUGAUGAACAAAGUGCUGGUGUGGGUUCCAUCAGAGAAGUGUCCAUGCAUAAUGAACAAAAUGUGCUACAUAUCCUCGAAGAACAGUUCCGUCAGAAUAUCAACCAGGCAGCUACAGCAAGUCCAGAUUCAACACAGGAGUACUUGGAGAGACUGAAACCAAAUGUUUUUGUGGAAACAGAAGCAGCAAAAUGUGCUUAUAGAUACCUUACAGGUUUGGGAAUGGUGCUGAUCGACGGUCAGCCUGGAGGUGGUAAAACGACUAUCGGAAUCUACUUGCUGAAAGAAGUUGCCAGAAGAAAGCACAAAGUGUUCUUGGUGAUCACAGAACCUCAACAGUGGGAUUAUAUACCUGUACCAAAAGACAUUACAAAAGCAAAACAUAAAUACGUGGUGCUUAUAGAUGAUAUAUUUGGUGCAUCCAAUUUGUCUGUUGUACUGCGUGAUUCCUGGGAAAGAAAGUUUGAUAUGAUGUUAUCGCUAAUUUACUCUGGACAUGUACAAUUAGUAAUAAUAACAAGAUCGUACAUUCUCGCAGAGGCGUCUGCUACAUUUAUAGGUAAAUUUAAACGUGUAUCGGUAACAGAUGGUCCAUGCAAACUUUCAUUAAGAGAAAAGGAAAUGAUUCUUACAUGGCACAUUCGAGAACGAAAUCUGGAGAUGUCGAAAGAAGAUAUUGAAGAAGCUUCUAAAAGUACUGCAGACUUGGGUUUCCCACAAAUUUGCAAAUACUUUGUUGACAACAAGAAAGUACAAGAACGAAGUCUUUUGUUCGUCAAAAAUCCUUUAGAAUACCUUGGUGAAGAAUUACGUUUACAGAAGAGUCGGCAUCCAUUAGGAUACUUUGUUCUACUUUUAGUAAUGUAUAAAGAGGGAAAAUUGCCCAGACCAUAUUUAGAUCCAUCGAAUGAAGAAGCAAAAACUGAGAUUGAUCAUUUGAAAGAGUAUUGUUCCAAUAUGGGAUCAGUAACCAAUGCUGAUAUAGUAGCCACAACCAACAACCUUGUUGGUACUUAUCUGGUUUUCAGUGAUACAUCAGAGAAAUACGAAUUCAUUCACCAGUCCGUUUUUGAUGCCAUGAUACGAGAUUUUGGCCGUCAAUAUCUGCCUCUAGCACUGAAAGUUUGCACAUGCGACAUGUUAGUAGACACAUUCACUACAUCCACGUGUCAAGGAACCAGUACACUGAAAAUAGUCGUUGAUCAGUCUCACUAUGCAGAACUGGCAGCACGGAUCACUCUUGAGUUGCUAUCGGGAAAUCAUAAGGUUAUUGCAGAACAUCAAAGCCUUUCAGACACAACGUUUGUGAAUUUCUUGAUCAAUGAAUACUGGGAUCAUGAAGCUCAAGAGAAGAUCAUUUGUCAUACAAUAGGCAGACAGUCUGGUCCUUUUUCUGAAGAAUUUAGGAUGUCUAUCUGGUAUAUCAAAACUGUAAAAAGUAGCAUGUUUCCGGUGAAGGACAUAAUGUGUGAACUGCUAAGGAUGGGGGCAACAAUAAAUCAAGACAAUGCACUCCUGCAGGUUGCAGGACAUGACCACCCUGCAGCCCUGGAGGUAAUUCUCCAGCAUACCCCAAACCUGAACAAAACCAAUAGGGGAGGAAAAACAGCUAUGCAUAUUGCUUGUGAAUUUGGUGCAGUGCAAAACGUCGAGAUACUUGUAGAACGAAGAGCUAAUGUGCGAUCUGUGGAUAUUUUUGGUCGAACCCCACUGCAUUAUGCACUGGACGACAAAGGAGAAAAAGCAGCACUGUUACUUGGAGCCAAUGCAGAUGUGAAUGUUGUUGAUGCAAAUGGUCAAACUCCUCUACACGCAGCUGCAAUUGCUAGAAAUAAUAUUGUCAUUACCCAGCUUCUUGAAGCAGGAGCUGAACCUAUUCCACAAAAUAGUCACAAAGAUACGCCUCUUCAUAUUAUGUUGCAUAAAUUUCAAUAUGAACGUGACAAUGAUUGCUUUGCAGAUCUAUUGCAACGUUGUAGCAGUGUAGACUACACAGACAAAUCAGGAAAUACCCCAUUACACCUGGCAGUGAGACUUUCUAGUGCCACUCCUGUACUUGAAUUAAUUAAAAAGGGAGCGUGUGUUGAUGCUGUAAAUACUGUUGGUGAUACACCGUUAAUUUGUUUAUUUCAAAAUAAUGCCACAGUGGAUGAAGAAACUAUUAAUCAACGGAAUAACGAUGGAGAUUCCGCUCUUCAUUGUGCUGCAUACAAAGGAUGUACUCAGAAAGUUGCUCUGCUUCUCAAAUACGGUGCAUCAUUUUCAGAACUCAACGGCCAUGAUCAUCUUCCACUGCACUGUGCUGCUAGAGGUGGUCAGUGGAAAACAAUUGAACUGAUGUUGAACUAUGACACUACAAUGGAUGUGAAUAUCCAAACUCAGGAUGGCUGUUCUCCGUUACACCUAAGUUGUGCUAAAGGUCAUGUAGUUACAGUGAAGAAACUUGUAGAGAAAGGAGCUGAUGUCAAUUUGGCCAAUAAAAAUGGAGAUGGACCGAUACACUGUGCAGCACAGUUUGGAAAGACAGCUGUUGUUGCGACGUUGUUGAGCAGUGGAGCAGACGUAAACAUGCAGAACAAUGGUGGCGAGACAGCUCUGCACGUUGCUGCUAAGUAUGUGAAGGUGAAGGUCGUGAAGCUUCUACUUCAAAGAGGGAUUGACCAGUCAGUGUGCAACGCCGGUGAUCUCACUGCAGAACAGAUGGCACGCAUUACUAGUAGUGUGUUCAAGAGUAUUUCCGACUUGAAAAGAAAAACACAACUAACGCACAUCCAUCACUUGCUUUCUAACUCUAGCGAAUCAUGAACAACAAAUAACAGAAUAAAAUAUUAGUCAAUCUCUGCUGUAGAAUA